GUCAGUGGAGGUCUCUGGGCCUGAGGCGCCCUGAGACCUCUGGCUGCUUCCUUGUCUCAAGGACCCCCAUUCCUGCCUUUCUGUGCCCUGGAUCUGCGACAUGCUUUCUCGCUCAAACCUCAGGCUGCCCUUCGGUCCCUCUGUGUUUCUCUCUGUUUGCAUCCUUAUUUCCAUCACACUGUCCCCUUUCUUCCGUUCUCCCUCUAUUCUGCUCCAUCCCCUCGGAUACAUCUCCAUCUCUUUCUCCCUCUCCCUGACCUUUCUUGUUCUUGCUCUUCCUCCCUGUCCCCCACCAUCUCUCUCUCUCAAAUACAUCCAUAUGCAGAUAUACCUGUGGCUUUCUGUCCCUGGGUCCCUCCAUCUCUUUGUCCAUCUCUGUCUCUCUGCUUUCCCCAUCUGUGUCUGUCCGUGGGCCACAGCUAACCAGAGCCCCUGCCUUGAACCUGUUUUCUCCUUUCAGCCUGACUACAUGAUGACUAGGUGGGCUCUGCUCACGCUGAUGGUCCUGACAUUGGGCAGGACCCUGCUUGUCCCAGCAACCCCCACCCCAGGCUUCCAGCUCCUCCUUCAGAACCUUCCCCAGGCCACUGCCUGCCCCGUGACCUCGGAGAGCCCCUCAGCUAGCACCACGGCACCCUCCGCUGCAUGGGGCCACCCCAGCCCCGACCCCCACCCUGGCCCCCACAUCACCCUCUCGCUGGACGUCCCCCUUGGCCUCCUACAGAUCUUACUGGAGCAGGCCCGGGCCAGGGCUGCAAGGGAGCAGGCUGCUGCCAAUGCCCACAUCCUCACCCAGGUCGGCCGCCGCUGA